AUGAACAACUUCAGCUCUUUGGGACUUGGUGUGACGAGCUACUGGCCCAUGUUGAGCCCGGAUUUCUUCGAAGCAGACACUUACUUGCCGUACACAUCGGAUGAGUACACUUUCCUCAUCCGAUGGCAAGCAGACCUGGAUUUACGCAUCGGGCUGUUCGCUGCCUCAACGAUCCUCUACAAAAUCACGCCGAUGCCAAUCGCUUACUAUGCCUACACUGCCAGCGCUGCCCGAAUCAGCAUUCAACAAGGGCCGCAGAUGCCAUUUGUACAGGGUUAUGGGGACAACUGGCAGGAUGAUGGUUUUGCGGGGCAGCUGGUAGGGAACACCUUCCUUGCGUGCAUGCUGGAGAAGUCUGAAGAUGGCUGGACUUUGGACCUGUCAGGUGCAGGCACUUCAGCAGCACCUGUCCAGGUGAUGAAGCGCAAAGCUGUUUCGGUUGCACCUGCCAGUUUGUUGAAAGCCAUCGGCCACUUUAAGUGCGCAGACACGGAAUGUGCGAACGCACGAAGCUUGCACGUGGUCGCCAUUGAAGUUCAAGACCCUUCAUCCGGCAUGAUGCGUUUCUCACCCGAGGAUGGUGCACAAUGGAGCCUUGCCAAGACCACCUUGUACGCUUUAGCCAUCUUUGUGAUAGAAUGCUAUCACACGGGCAUCCACCUCUUCGCCGGCGCAGUCACCUCAGCCAUCCGGAAAGCCGUUCCAGCCGGCACUUCCCUGGGCCAAGCAGUGAGCCCGAACACCCUUCAGACUAUUUUUGCACUCUUCGAGCAGGCAGCCAUCCUGCACUCCACUCAUGGCUCGGUCUUCUCGGGAACGGUGUGGUCUUGUAACAUCACAGCGGUUUGGGCUGUGACCAGGGAGAUGAGCCAGUACUUCCUGAACACAGCGCCCCAGGACAUUUUGGGCAUGAGCGAAGAUAGCCCAGAUUGGUGGGCUGGGAGAUCCUCCGCCUUCAUAGAGCCCAUCUCGACUUUUGCAAGCUUCGCGGCGGAGCAGGCAGUGAACCAGGCUUCUGAGCAAUCCGUCCUGCAGAAUCUGCAAGAAGAACUGGAGUCGAUCGGUAUUUGGACUCCUCAGAGCUCCUUGAACGUGACUUCUAAGGAAGGCUUGGCCGCUUUGGUCAGGAACUUCCUCUUCGUGGCCGCCAUCUGUCACUCGCACAUGUACCUGACGCGUGAGGUCUUCACGCCUCUCGCUGGCUUUACUGACACGGAGCCUUUCCUUCCCUACCUGAGGAGAAAGCACACUCUUUUGGGCUUUUGGGCUAUCGUAGAGCUGUGCUUCCCAACUGUUCCAGCCACAGUGAACGAGAUGAUGAUAGUCGCUUACGCCACGGCCUCUGGAUUCACGAAGGGAGUGCCAGAACUUGGUGAUGGGAAGUAUCCCAACAGUACAGAGCUUAACGGUGCCGUGGCCAGCUUCCAGCAGGGUCUGAAACGGUGCCGGCAGGAAGUGUACGAGAUGUUCGGUGGUUUUCAUAACAAGACUUUUGUUCCAGGGUACCUGUAUCCUGUGGAUGUGCCCAAGCCAUUUGGCUAUGCCAUCACACAGACCGCAUAUGUGUGA